AUGGUAGUUGCCAUAGAAGAGUUGAAAUAUUUGUCACCAUUGACAAAGGAAGAUCUUCGAGGUAAACUUGAAUCUUGUGAACAAAGAAUGGCUAAAAGAGCUCCAGGUAAGUGGAAGAGCGAUGUGGCUUUGCAGGCUCAGUCGGCAAGAGAAAAGAAAGGAAAAGGAAAGUGGUUCGACAACAAAGAAAAACAAAAGAAUCAAGAAAGUGAUGUAAAUUUUGCAAAACACAAAGAAGAAAAGAUGGUGCUGAUGGUCACAACAAGAGAUGCAAAAAGAUACAAGGACCAGUGGUACAUGGACUCAGGAUGCUCAUCACAUAUGUAUGGAAAGAAAGAUUGGUUUAUCAACAUAAAGCCCUCAAUGAAGAAAAUGGUAAAAUUUGAAGAUGAAAAUACUCUAGCAGCUGAAGGUAUAGGUGUUGUUUUGAUUAUGAGGAAAGAUGGUAAAGUUUCAGAAAAGCAACAUAAGAAUGGCUUCAACAAGGAUGCAGGAAGCAGGUCGAAGGAAAUUCUUGAAAUCCGAUACUAUGAUGUGUAUCGUCGUCCUAUCCAGGUGGAUUCGAUUAGAGCAACAAUGAACUCGGUUAAAAAACUCAAGAGUGAGUCAACCGAGUUGCCUGAUUGUGUUAUAUCUUAUAUCUUUUCCAAGUUAAGUUUGAAGAAUUUGGUGAAAACUAGUGCUUUGUCCAAACAUUGGUAUCAUGAAUGGGGAUCAAGGAAGGACCUCACGUUUGAUCUCCAUAACAUGUUUGAUUAUAAUACAAUGCCAGACUUACCAAUAGCCCUUCCACUCUUUCAACCGAUUCAAUCUCAAUUUGCCGCAAGUUUGGAUAAUUUCAUGCAGAAAUAUCCCGGUGACAUGAUCCGUUCAAUCCGACUCAAUUUUCCAUUAGAUAUUGAUCAUACUUAUGCCAUUGAUGAAUUGGUUCACAAAGGAGUUCUUAAGGGUGCCAAUCGUAUUGAGCUGCUAUUAGCAUAUAAAACUGAUUUAAAAGUAGAUCGAGAGCCAUACAUAACUGAUUUUAAAUUAGAGCCAUACAAAUUUUUAUUUCCUCUCUUGUCUGGCCCUAAUUCUCUCACAUAUCUACACCUACAGAACUGCCACAUAGCAGCAACUAUGGAAUUUUCUGGAUUGAAGAAUUUGAAAACUCUUGUGUUGACUCUAGUUCCUGUGGAGCAGAAUAUGCUUCAGGAUCUGUUUUUAAACACCCAUCUUGAGAACUUGACUCUUAAUCUAUGUUGGAUCCUAUCUGACUUAAAAAUAGAUAGUACAACAUUGCUUCAUUUGAAAGUUAUCUGCGGUCGUAUCAGGAAGACGAGAAAUAUUGAUAUUGUUGCCUUAAAUCUCUUAUCUAUUGAAUAUUCUUCCAAGUUUUUCUUAAAUCAAUUACACAAGGUGAAAAUUAACUCUCAAAUGUUAUCCAAGCUUACCUAUAGACAUGCUAAAAAAUUUAAUGUUGAGUUUUCUAAACUGACAAAUGUUACAACAAUUGUGUUGGAUCAUCUCCUUGAAGGUGAUGUCAUAACGCAUUUGUUUUCUAACUGUCCCAAACUGGAACGUGCCACCAUUAACAUGUGCCUGUUCACGUGUGGUUUGAACAUUAUUAGUGCAACGUUGCGUCAUUUGAGUAUAGUUCGCUGUUACCAUAAGAAUGACCGUACUUGUAAGAUUGAUAUUCAUGCUUCGAAUCUCUCAUCCUUUGAAUAUAGAGGUUACAAUCGGACGAGAAGCAUAAUCUCUCUAGAGGCUCCAAAGUUAUUGAAGGUUUUUUGGGAUGCAGGUUUUAACAAGAUAAAUGUAAAUAACUAUGCUACAAUUGCAAGAUUACAUCACCAUGAGAAUUUCGGUAUGCCUAUGACCCUUUCGCAGAUAUCCGAGUUAACGAAGGAGUAUUUGGUUCAAUUUAAAAAACUUAGACAAUUGGAAUUAUAUAUUGCUGGAGCAUAUAAUCCUAGUAUGGACAACUUUUGGAUUUUAGAUCUUGCAAUGGCUUCUCAACAUCUCCAAAAACUUUCUCUAACAAUUAGAAAUGGAUAUUCGGAGAUAUCACAUAUAGAUGGUUAG